CGAGAGCGCUGGGGAAGAGCGACGACAUUGGAUGAGAAAAUUUUGUACAAAAAAAAAACACCAACCAGAGGAGGUGCCUCACCUAUUUCCCAAUAUAAUCAAAUCCAGAGUGGAAGGAAGCAUAAACUGCAAGAAACCAGCAGUAAAAGUGCUAUUUAAAGCUCUAGGCGGAGAAGAUGCGUUCACCUGCGUCCCUUGUUCAGUGAGCGACAGUGGAAGGGAGAGGAUUCCCUCUGGAUGACUCCAAACUCCGCAGUUCUCUCCUCCCUCCCAGGCUGAGCAGAACCGCGAGGGACCGACUGCCUGCCUGCCUGCCUGCCUGUUAGAUGUGAACUCGAGCCGGUUGGUGGCUGUCAAGAGGAUGGGAGCCCGGGACUGAGAGGCACCAAGGCAGGUGGAGCGCGGACUGAGAUUCUGUCACAUCAUCGAUAACCUGUGAGGACCUUAAAAUUUGCCUCCAUAUAAGAACUCAGAAUCCUGGGAUUUUUGUAAGGAGUACUUUGCAGAAAUUACUUCCCUUUUGAAGAGUGUUUUCAACACACAGGCUGUACUUUAAUGAAGAAAGGUCAAAGCUGCUAACAGUUACACAAACUGGGACUCAGGAAGAUCCUAGUGACCAAGGAUGGGGUCGUCAUGGAAACUAAUUCUGUUUCUGUCAGUCGCGGGGUGUCUUUCAGAGAGUGUGGAUUAUGGGCCAGUGUUUGUGCAGGAACCAGAUGAUAUCAUUUUCCCUACUGAUUCUGAUGAGAAGAAGGUGGCACUGAAUUGUGAAGCUCGAGGCAACCCUGUUCCCAAUUACAGAUGGCUACGAAAUGGAACAGAAAUAGACUUGGAAAGUGAUUAUCGCUACAGUUUGAUUGAAGGAAACCUCAUUAUCAACAACCCAACUGAAGCAAAGGAUGCUGGUCAUUAUCAGUGUUUAACAGCUAACUCCUUGGGAAGCAUUCUGAGCAGAGAAGCCAUACUUCAGUUUGCCUAUCUGGGAAAUUUUAGUGGCCGGACAAGAAGUGCAGUCUCUGUGAGGGAAGGCCAGGGGGUUGUUCUGAUGUGUUCUCCUCCGCCUCAUUCACCAGAGAUCAUCUAUAGCUGGGUGUUUAAUGAAUUUCCCUCCUUUGUGGCAGAAGACAGCAGACGCUUCAUUUCCCAGGAGACAGGCAAUCUCUACAUCUCUAAAGUACAAACAUCAGAUGUUGGCAGUUACAUAUGCCUAGUGAAAAACACCGUGACAAAUGCUCGAGUUCUUAGCCCUCCAACACCACUCACACUACGCAAUGAUGGUGUGAUGGGAGAAUAUGAGCCGAAAAUUGAGGUCCAUUUCCCUUUCAUGGUUACAGCUGCUAAGGGAAUGACAGUCAAGAUGGAAUGUUUUGCGCUUGGCAACCCUGUUCCAACAAUCUCGUGGAUGAAGGUUAAUGGUUAUAUUCCAAGCAAAGCACGUCUGCGGAAAUCUCAAGGAGUGCUGGAAAUACCAAAUGUGCAACUGGAUGAUGCAGGGAUAUAUGAAUGUAGAGCUGAAAAUUCACGUGGAAGAAAUUCUUUCCGUGGACAAUUACAAGUCUAUAACUACCCACAUUGGGUAGAGAAGCUGAAUGAUACUCAUUUAGACAGUGGCAGCCCUCUCAGAUGGGAAUGUAAAGCCACUGGAAAGCCCAGGCCCACAUACCGUUGGUUGAAAAAUGGAGUCCCUCUCUUGGCUCAGAACAGGGUUGAGAUGGUUAAUGGUGUAUUGAUGAUCAACAAUGUGAAUCAGUCGGAUGCUGGAAUGUAUCAGUGUUUGGCAGAAAACAAAUAUGGAUCCAUUUAUGCCAGUGCUGAGCUGAAGGUUUUAGCCUCAGCUCCCGUUUUUGCACUGAAUCAACUGAAGAAAACAAUAGUAAUUACCAAAGGCCAAGAAGUUCUCAUAGAGUGCAAACCUCAAGGUUCUCCAAAACCAGCAAUUUCCUGGAAGAAGGGAGACAAAGCAGUAAGAGAGAGCAAGAGAAUAGCUAUUCUUCCAGAUGGGAAUCUCCGGAUCCUAAAUGCUUCUAAAUCGGAUGAGGGAAAGUACAUUUGCCAAGGGGAAAAUGUCUUUGGUUCUGCUGAAAUCCUAGCUUCUGUAUUUGUAAAAGAACCUACAAGGAUAGAACUUACUCCUAAGAGGACAGAGUUAACAGUGGGAGAAAGCAUUGUCCUCAGUUGCAAAGCAAUUCAUGAUGCCAGUUUGGAUGUCUCUUUCUACUGGACUUUGAAGGGACAGCCUAUUGAUUUUGAGAAGGAACGUGGACAUUUUGAAAGCAUCAGGGCCCAAGCAUCCUCUGCAGAUUUAAUGAUCAGGAACAUCCUUCUGAUGCAUGCUGGGAGAUAUGGCUGCAGGGUACAGACCACAGCCGACAGUGUGUCAGAUGAGGCAGAUCUUCUUGUUAGGGGUCCUCCAGGUCCUCCUGGCAUUGUGAUUGUUGAAGAGAUUACAGAGAGCACAGCCACCCUGUCCUGGAGUCCUGCUGCAGACAACCACAGCCCCAUUUCUUCCUACAAUCUGCAAGCUCGAAGUCCUUUCUCCCUUGGCUGGCAGACAGUAAAAACAGUCCCAGAAGUCAUAACAGGAGACAUGGAAUCUGCCAUGGCUGUGGACCUGAACCCCUGGGUAGAAUAUGAAUUCAGAGUGGUGGCAACUAAUCCUAUUGGGACAGGAGAUCCGAGCACACCAUCUCGAAUGAUCCGAACUAAUGAAGCAGUUCCAAAGACAGCUCCUGCUAAUGUAAGUGGCAGAAGUGGAAGAAGGCAUGAAUUAGUGAUAGCCUGGGAGCCAGUAUCCGAAGAGUUUCAGAAUGGGGAAGGAUUUGGCUACAUUGUGGCAUUUAGACCCAAUGGAACCCGUGGUUGGAAAGAAAAAAUGGUCACUUCAUCAGAUGCUUCAAAAUUCAUCUACAGAGAUGAAAGUGUACCUCCACUCACUCCCUUUGAGGUGAAAGUUGGAGUAUACAAUAACAAAGGGGAUGGACCUUUCAGCAAUAUUGUAGUCAUCUGUUCAGCAGAGGGAGAACCCAGUGCUGCUCCUACAGAUGUCAAGGCUACAAGUUUGUCUGUAUCUGAGAUUCUUGUUGCAUGGAAACAUAUUAAAGAGAGUCCAGGAAGACCACAGGGAUUUGAGGUGGGUUACUGGAAAGAUAUGGAGCAAGAAGAAGCAGCUGAAACAGUCAAAACUGGGGGGAAUGAGUCAUCUAUCAUUCUGACAGGAUUAGAAGGAAAUACAUUGUAUCACUUGACCGUGAGGGCAUACAAUGGUGCUGGAUACGGACCACCUAGCAGUGAAGUGCAGGCAGCCACCAAGAAAUCUCCUCCUAGCCAAGCACCAAGCAACAUUAUGUGGGAGCAGCAAGGCUCUCAGGUUUCUCUUGGUUGGGAACCUGUCAGACCAUUAGCAAACGAAUCAGAAGUAGUGGGCUACAAGGUGUUUUAUAGGCAAGAAGGCCACAGCAACAGUCAAGUCAUUGAAACACAGAAAACUCAAGCAGUGGUCCUUCUCCCUGAUGUUGGGGUUUAUAUCAUUGAAGUUCGAGCAUUCAGUGAAGGAGGUGAUGGAACAGCUAGCUCCCAAAUCAGAGUACCAUCAUAUUCGGGUGGGAAAAUCACAAGUGCUCAAUCUUCUCUCCACACCUUCUCAACUUCUUCAUCGUCAGUAACAUUGCUCCUGGCACUGAUAGUCCCUUCAACCUCGUGGUGAAGAUUGCAGACUUAACGUUUUUGCUUUGCUUUGGCUUGAUCACAUCUGUGGAUGGAGCUAAGCUUAAAAACCCUAGAACUACCCAUGGUGCACUUAGAGGAGUGUUGGGGGGGAAAUGUUACUUAUUCAUCAGGUUUUCUCUUCGGUUUUUGUAAAUGUCCUCAAAUAGGGGAGGACAGUUCUUGGCCCAAUAAAAAUAUGCAGAUUGUAUGUAAUGAACUUUUGUAAGCAAAGGUAAUUUCUGUCAAAUGUAUUCUUUACUUUUUUAAUAGGUUUGAAUUUGAUUUUGUAUCUGAUGACCCUGAGUAUGUGCCAUUUGUUUGUUAAAGCAGUGGUGUCUAGUACAUCUGUUUCAAAAAAAAAAAAAAAGAAAGGAAAAAAAAAUAAAAAAGUGAGGGUAAAUGGUAAAGACUCUGAAUCUAGUGUUUCUCAUUUUCCCUAAGGCUGGCUGUUGCAAUCGACAAACCAGUGGGAGAGAAGAAAAAUAGUUCAGUUAUGUUGCCCAUUACAGGAUAAGUACAGGAAAUAUUUUCUGGCAAAGUAUAUGAUUGCAUAUUGAAAUGGUCAAAUUUGUCAAUCUGCUGUUCUGCAAGCAUUCCCAGAGCAAGCUCUUAGAGCAAAGUUGGGCCUUGACAUUAGUACAAGGUAAACUGAAGGGGGACUAAGAAGGGAUUGUUUUGAAGUGCUAUUGUCUUUCAUCAAGUACUGUAUUAUUUAACUGAAAAUGAAGUCAAAGUUUAUUUUUAAUAGCAAAAAUAUAGUUUAACUUCACAGAAAAUGCACAUGCUAACAUCUAUGGACACUGAUAUGUACUAUAGAUUGUAACUGGAAAAAAAUUAAAUGAAUACAGCAUAACCUUUUUUCCAUCUAAUUACGUCCCCUUUUUUUUGUUUAUUUGUGUUUUUCCCAUGACAAUCCUUUUCUGGACAACUACAAUUUAUCAUGCAAAUAUAGAUAGGUAUAUGUUUUAUAUGGAAGAAAAUAAUUUGAAUAUACCAACUCUAUGUAGAUUAUUUUUGGAUAAACCUGUGCAUUACAUAGCACUUGCCAAGGCCUACCAAUGAUUCAAAGCAGCAAGAUUUCUUGGGUUGUUUCUUAGAGUUCACCCACUUUUUUUCCAAACACUGACCAUUGCCAUCAUCAGGAAAUUCAACAACUUCCAUCAACCACAUGUUUUUUAUUCUCUGAUGAUGAAGGGGGUAGCAAUUCACAUUUGAAAACUCAUCUUUUUUGUCAUUUCAGACAUAAUGAAAAAUGUUCUUUAGUAAACAAUAGGACCACAGAAUCAUCGAAUUUGAGAGUUAGAAGGGACCUCACACAGCCACUUCAUCCAAAGGAAGACUGGAUGAAAAUAUUCAUUUUGUUAGGGGGUAUGUGGAUUGAUCCCACUCACAUGGAGACUUCUCUGGGUUGAGAUUACAUCCACAGCAAGAAGAGAAAGUGAGUCUCAAAAAAUGUGCCAGAGCAGGCCUGGGCCAGCUACUGCUUUAUAGCUGCUGGGGAUUUGAGGCCUCCAAGAUGAUAGUUUGGGGUAUUUUUGCCUAGUAUAAGCAUACCCAUUCAUUUUACAUCUUUAAAUAAAUAACAAGGAAGCAGAAAAGGGUUCAUUCUCUACUGAGCAACACCAGAUAAGAGAUCAAUAAGGAAUCAGAAAAGGGAGUGGGGACAGGAAGAAGAUUUGUGUUCUCAAACCUCCUGCAUAUUUUUCCCCCAGAAAAAAAAAAACAUCCUAACUUCUUUGUGUCAGAUACUCAUUGUCAUGUUUUUGGUUUGAUUUGGUUUGGUUUUUUGGAGGCUGUUUUCAAGCCAAUCCCAACCAAGAAAAUAGUCAUUUUAAAAAGUAUACAUGUCAAUCACCAGAUUGUUGUGGAUGAAAGACAGAUGGCAAGCUUCAUUUUGAGAAUCUCUAUGAUCAGAGGGCAAAAAGGCUUCCUUGGAAGCCUCUUUCUGGAAAGGUUCAUGUUCAUCUAAGGUGGAAAGGAGGACAGGGCAGGGAGAUGCAUGUAAUAACAAUCAGUUUCAAUGCUAUUACUUGAUGAAGCAAAUGAAAAAAAAAAGUCACCCUCUUCUUGGCUGGCAGACCAGGCACUUUUCCACUUUAUGAGGUAGCUUGCCAGAGCAGAUUAGGUUUAAAAAACACAUACAUACAUACACACCAUGCACAUAGCAAGAACAUACUGAUUAAAAAGAGGGCAAUGAUCUUUACCUUAGUAUCAGCUGAAUUGAACUCUUUUUCUUUAUUUCCCAUAGAAUUCUUUGCCAGUCUUGGCCAAUCAGACACAUUCAUGGUCAAGUUGUUACCAAUGAACAUUCUAAUAAAACAUCAUGCUCACAAAAAUCAAAUUGAGUUUUGCAUCUAUUAAUCCAGUAUAGGGGGCAUAUGCGAUAGAUCCUAUUUACACAUGGAACUAAGUUUCUGAUGAUGUCCUAUUCUUGCAGGGAGCAGUGAUUAGAUGUUUUUAUUCAACACAAACAGAAUAUGUAUUUUGCAUUUACAACCUAUGAAUAAAACAUGUUUUAAAUGUUUAUGUACUUAUGUGUUACAUUUAUUACUUUGUAGAAAACAGGGCAAUGGUCCCUAUCUCCCUACAUUAUUUUCCAGCUUCAGUACAGAGCUUUUUCCUGGAUGAGAUUGUAACAGUGCAGUCUUAUAUCACUAAGAGACUGUAUUUUUGUAUAAUGUCAUAUGAGCUAUUGAGAAACUACUCAUAGUCAAUUGAAACUCUGUGAAAGCAAGUGUUUGCAUACCAAAAUGAAGGUACCAUAGAGCCCCAUUUCAAUCUGUUAGAUAUGUAUACAAUCUGUAUAUAUAUACUAUAUAUAAUGAUAUAUACUACGUGGAAGGCACAGUCAAAUUAUAGUUCUGUGUACUGUUCUUGUAACAUUAGAUCUUUUUAAUAAAUAAUUCUCUUUUUAUUGACUUUUAUCUUC